CUUAGGUACCUCGGCUACCAGGGACAAAGUGGUCGUCCACUAUCAUGGCAAGCCCGCUUGGAGACCCCAUCGUGAAGGCGUUGCAGAAGUACACAACGUAAUGUUAUUUCAGCUCCCUUCCAAAGGGUUUUCAGAAUGUACUCAAGUCAUUCCACAGAUGCGAUGUCUCGGACGCGCUCUGCAAGCUCAAACAUCCCAAUGGCGGCUUCCUUUCUGGCCUCAGCAUGUGGUCACCGCAGCGCCAGGACGGGCCUACCAAGAUUAUCGGUCCGGCAUACACAGUCCUGUACGCACCGCUAGCUGACCCGCGGCCCAAGCAUCCCACUCACUAUAUCGACUCAGUCCCUGCAGGUGCCGUGGUUUUCGUGUCAUGCCCGCCAAAGAUUCCCAACGCUGUCUAUGGCGGGUUGAUGUCAACUCGUGCCAAAGCCACCGGCGCCGUGGGAUCCGUCAUUGACGGGCGCUUUCGGGAUUUGCAGGAGCAGAGGGACUUGGGCUACCCGAUUUUCGCCCGCGACGUGGGCACCGCACCCCCGGCGCCGCUGCUCAAAGUGGUUGCCGUCAAUGUCCCCGUCAAGCUUCAGACGGACGAGCAGGACAUGACCAUCAAUCCGGGAGACUAUCUCGUCGGAGACUUGAAUGGAGUUGUUGUCUUGCCCAGGGAUCUAGCCGAGAAAGCACUGCCGCUCAUGGCGAAGCAGGUGGAGGCGGAUUCGAAGAUGGCCGUUGAAAUUGAGAAGGGCAUGACGUUUACCGAAGCGAGCAAACGGUUCAGGUUGUAACUCGAUGCCGUGGGCAGCUAAGCAUCUAUCCUCGUAAAGAAAACGAUUUGAAGGCAACCAAGU